GGGCGCUCCAUGCAGUCGCAGAAGUCAAGGCGAUGCCACUCUCCCAACGUUUUCAAUAGCGGCUCUGUUAAGCGUUUUACCCGACGAACGUGUCCCGAUGUCGGCCGCGAAACCACCAGGGUACCCGCCAGUUAUGGAGGAAUUUUUUUAGAUUUUCAACCCGCCCAAAGUGAUCGAAAUUCGGACCCCAGACUUGGGCAAACCACGCCGAAUCAUGGAGCCACGGAUAAUCUUUAAUUCGACUGGAGGAAGUUUUCCUUUAGCGGUUCCAUAAACCGCUUAACCCGAUGAAAGCGGGUCGCGCAUUCGCCAGGUCAGGAAAUUUUUGGAGUAUGAAAGGGGCUUAAGUGACUUAAAAUAGUUAGUCACACAAGUAUGAUGUACAUUAAUUUGAUUUAGUCGUACACUGCCGACGCCAGGUGGCAUAGAAAAGGCAAGGGGAAAACAAAACAUGAGUUUUAGAUUUUUUAUGAAUGUUUUUUUCUUUUCUUUGUAGGACAAUAUGCUGGUCAAGGUGAGAUUUGGUUCAAGUCAGAAGUAUGUUAAGGUGGCAGAAACCGAAGCAGGCUAUGAAGACUACAAUACAUUUAUUGAGAAAGUUGUGCUUCAACCAGAUCAAGCAGAAAUUUCUUUUGAGUCGAAUGUGUCAGACACCGUAUCCUCUGUGCCUUCUGAUUCAUCUGAUGCAACAAUAACUAUUGAGAACGAUGGUGGGAGGAAAAGGACCCACGACGAUCGGGAAUCAGCUGAAGCGAUGGUGAGAGAUGUUCUUCAGUCCAAGCCAGGGGGAGAAAAGGUGUUGCAUGAAUAUGACAAAAUGAAGACAUUGACGGAUGGUACCCGGCGACAUAUGAUAAACCUACUGGUGGCUGACAUGAUUGAAGUUCAUGGGAGGAUCCCACCAACCUAUGUGCGAACAAAAUACGCUCUUGGCAUUAUAACUCUAUUUCCUUACCUCGGGGAUCCUUACUCAAAAAAUGGAUAUGAGCACUUCUAUGAUGCUGACAGUGGAUCUGGUUAUUUGGCCUGGAGGAUAAAGACAGUCCAGCGCAACAUUGCAGUUCUAUCUCGGAGAUGCUCAACCACCUGUACCUAUCAAGCUGGACCAAAAAGCAAGAGAGAUUUUCUCCUAACUGACAAUCAACUGUCUGGCGAGGAAUGCCGUGAGGCAAUCUCCAUAUUGAAACAUACAACUGAUGAAUCGGUUGUCAAAGAGAAAAUGAGGGCAACAUUUCAAUACUGUCAGACGGUAGUUCAACAAGACCAGCAAGACUCCUCUACAGUCCUGGAUGUUUUCCCACGUUUUCUCGAUACACCUGGCUUGAUUGACCAAGACUUUGCCAUGAUGUUUGGAGAGGAGGCUUCUGGCAGAUUCUUGGCAAAAUGGCCCACUUUCUUCAAACCCAGGAUCCUGGCAAACUGCAAGAAUUCUAAUGAGAAUGUUGAAGACUUGUUGUCUGGGCAUCACUCCUCAGAUGCGUCUGGCUGGGACAGUGACCUGUCAAGUAUCCUACUGCUGGUUCACCUACUUCCCCCUACUGCAAAAGGACCCAAGAGUCCUAAAAUUAGCUCGCAUCAAGCAAUCAAACAUGUUGUGAGAUAUUUGAGGAUUGGCGCCAGUGUUGAGACCUUCCUUGAGAGAUUGGAACCUGGACAACCCAUCCUCCUGUGUGUCGGUGAAGAGAAGAACAACAUCCAAAGAUUCUAUGUCAUCGUUGACCACAAGGCCAUCCUUGCAAGGCUCAGACGUCCCUGGCAGCUUUCGAUGAACUCUUUAAGGCCCACUUCAUCUUCAGUGUUCACUACCACGAAUCCCUUAACAGCUUCUACACAUUCAUCCAAACAACUGUGUUCAACAUUGAUGUGGGAAGUCCCAAGGAAAGUCCUCGUGUGAAGGAGCUCAGAGCAAGACUGCUGAACACAAGUAUCUGAGGUGACACACAUCCUUGGCUGCAAAUAUGUUGAUUUGUUUUAUCUGCAAGUUACACCACAUAAGUUCUAUGUUGCUUUGUAAGCAUUUGAGAUUUUACCAUGGUUUAUAUCCAGGAAAGACAUUACGUUUGAAAUGUGGACAGCCGGGAUGUUCUUU